UGACUCCAGGGCUGGUGCUCUAUCCACUGCGCCACCUAGCUGCCCCAACCCUGAAAAAAUUUAAACUUGAAACACACGUGAUUGUGUUACAGGCUCAGAACCAAAACUAUCUUCUUCAUCUGUAAAAGGCCUCAAACAGCCAUUGCAAAACAGCCCCUCAUAGCAUCAACAUCACAGAAGGGUAGCUGGAAGGGACCUUAGUUAGUGAUCGUCUAAGCCAACCUUUUCAUUUUCCAAAUGAGGAAACUGAGGCUGGGGAAAGGGAAGUGAGUUUUCCAAGAUUACAGGAUGAGGUAGAGGCAGACUGAUUCCAAGGCCCAUGCUAUUUCCAAGAGAAAAGGGAACCUCGCUCUUCCCCAUCCCCAUCCCCAUCCCCAUCUCCCCAUCUCCCCAUCCCCAUCCCACACCUUUAUGUGGAGUGGGGCCCUAAAAAAUACGCCCGGUUCCUGAUGCUUGGGCUCGUAGACACCCCCUCUCUAGUUCUCACUCUGCCAAAGGUGACCUCAUCCCUGCUGUGUUAAAGAGCUCCCCUCUCUCGUGGUCCCUCCCCCCGCCCCCACCCCAGGCUUUAAUCUUAUUUUAGGAAAGGCAGGCUGCAACUAGGCCGGGCGGCCGACGAGGUUGUCGAACAGCGCCUCUGGCCCAGAGGAGCGAACAGGUGGGGCCGCACGCUCGCUCAGUCCGGCGCGACGCCCCCCACCCCCCAGGCGGGGCUGCUGGUGCCGAGGAGGUGGGCGCAGCUCCCAGCCCAGCCCGGUUCCUGGCGCACCCCGAUUGCGGCGGGCGGGAGGUGGCCGAUUUGGAUAAGAGUGGGGCGGCCUCAUCCCCGCCCCCCGCCCGCCCCCCUCUCCGCCCACUCACCGCACGGGGCGGGGAAGGCGGCGGCAGGAGGAGGAAGAGGAGGAGGAGCUGUCCGACACGCCGCAGACUUACAGCUACCGCCGCGCGGAGGGGCCCGGGCCGCAGGGAGAGCUGCAAGGAUGUCUGGAGACAUGGACAAGCCUCUCAUUUCCCAUCAGCUCUUGGAGAGCAACCCCAACCUCACAGAGAUUCCCAGCCAGACCCAGACUGUGGGCAUCCUGGGCAGUGGGGACUUUGCCCGUUCUUUGGCCACCCGCCUGGUGGGCUCAGGCUUCGGGGUCAUGGUUGGCAGCCGCAACCCAAAAAGAACAGCAGCAUUGUUUCCUGCUGCAGCCCAAGUCACCUUCCAAGCAGAGGCUGUGAGCACACCUGAAAUAAUCUUUGUGGCCAUGUUCCGGGAGCACUACUCUACUCUCUGUAGCUUGAGUGACCUGCUAGUGGGCAAGAUCCUUGUGGAUGUGAGCAAUAGCACCGAGCAGGAGCACCUGCAGCAUCGGGAGUCCAACGCCGAGCACCUUGCCUCCCUCUUCCCUACCUGCACGGUUGUCAAGGCCUUCAAUGUCAUCUCUGCCUGGACCCUGCAGUCAGGCCCAAGAGAUGGGAACAAACAGGUGCUCAUCUCCGGAGAUCAGCUGGAAGCCAAACGUAAGAUCUCAGAGAUAGCCCAAGCCAUGGGCUUCAGCCCAGUAGACAUGGGGUCGCUGGUGUCUGCCAGAGAGAUUGAGGCCAUCCCCCUGCGGCUCCUCCCCGAGUGGAAGAUUCCAGCCACCUUGGCCCUGGGUCUCUUCAUCUGCUUCUACACAUAUAACUUCAUCCGAGAUGUGUUACACCCCUAUAUCCGAGAGCACAAGAAUCGCUUCUAUAAACUUCCCGUCUCCGUGGUCAAUACCACAUUGCCCUGUGUGGCUUAUGUCAUGUUGUCCCUGGUCUACCUACCCGGUGUUCUGGCCGCUAUCUUGCAGCUCCACCGGGGCACCAAGUACCGUCCAUUUCCUGACUGGCUCGACCACUGGCUCCAGCACCGCAAACAGAUUGGCCUCAUCAGUUUCUUCUGUGCCUCUUUGCAUGCCGUCUACAGCUUCUGCCUGCCCCUGCGCCGUUCUCAUCGCUACCAGAUUAUCAAUGAUGCUGUCAAGCAGGUCUUGGCAAACAAGAGCAAUAUAUGGAAUGAGGAAGAAGUCUGGAGACUGGAGAUUUAUGUCUCCCUGGGAAUCCUGGCCCUAGGCAUUCUAUCAUUGCUGGCCAUCACCUCACUGCCUUCUAUCUCAAACUCUCUCAACUGGAGGGAGUUCAGUUUCGUUCAGUCCACCCUUGGCUUCCUGGCCCUUGUUGUAACUACCUUUCACACGCUCACCUAUGGCUGGACGAGGGCCUUUGAAGAGAGCCGCUAUAAGUUCUACUUACCUCCCACCUUCACACUUACGCUGCUGGUGCCAUGUGUGGUUAUCUUGGCCAAAGGGCUAUUUCUCUUGCCCUGUCUUCGCCGUCGACUGGCACGCAUCAGAAGAGGUUGGGAGAAGGAAAGCAAAGUCAAGUUUGUGUUGCCUACUGACUACCCCCGCACUGAAAAAACUAGCCACGUGUAAAUCAUGUUUUCUCUAUGGGACAUACCUGUGAUAUUCAAUGCACUAUGAAUACCUUAGGGCUUUUUUUCCUAAUUGUGCAAUUUGAUGUAAUUAUGGAUAAAUAUGAAUAUUUGUUGAUGUUUUGAAUUCCUGGGAAGCUACAUUAUGCAGUAAUAUUCAAGAUAUACGUAUAUGUAUAUAUGGAAUUUAUUAGAAUUAUCAUGUUUAGCAAAAAAAAAAAAAGUAAAGCCACUGAGAUCUUGAUAUCUAGCUUAAAAAAUUCCAGAUGCUAGCAGGACAAGAGAUCACAAUAUUCUUAUGACCACAUCUGCAGAAAAGUACAAAUGUAGGCUUUUUUUUUUUUUUUUUGCACAGGAAGGGAGGUUAAAUGUAUACAUGCAUUUAUUGCUCCACUACUCCCGAAGGCUUUACCAAAAUUGAGUGAUUAAAGUAACAUAUACCUAAAGCACAGUUAAAACGGUCUUGUUAGCAGUGGUUCUCCCUGGUAUGGCUUCAAACAUGUAGGGUCAGAAUUAUAAACCAGUAAAUGAACGUCUCAGAAUGCAACUUUCCAGGCUCAUGCAGCAUCAGCCAUCAGGAAAACUGCUAUUGACUCUUCACGGCCCCCUCCCCAGAAGAUGGUCUCCAGCUAAUAAAGGGAUGCUGACAGGAGAUGACUGUGGGUGAACAGGAGAGAACAGAAACAUCAUCCUUUGCUCCAGGGGUGUUUGGGACUGUAGCUGCUCUACCUAAUCCCUCCCCUGGCUGGGGAAGAUUUCUUCCUGAAAGUCAGAAAUCACCACUGGCAGCUGCAAAUUGAUUAUCAUGCAGAAGUGUGAAGUCUCUUCCUUACCAGAGUAGCUAAUGAACACAAUCCUUGGUAGGAAUGUAAUUUCCUUUCCUUCCUUUAAGUUUCUGAUGACCAUCCCUUAAACCAUCGUGCCUUCUCACCUUUGAGAACAUUAUUUUGAUUCUCUCCCAAGAAGAUAUAAAAACACCCAUCUGGAAAAUCAGGUCAAGGAAAAGAAAAAGAAAAAGAGGUGCCAGCUUUGGAGUUAAGCCUUUUUCAAGGCCCUUCAGUUAUUUUCUCCACUAUAUUGGUCACAUAAAAUAUAUAUGUGAGUCCCACAAAGUGAUCUAAAUUACAGCUGUGCAGAGUGCCUGCUUUACAACAGAGUGACUGACCCAGGACAAGCUACUGGUAAACCACACUGUUGCUGAUUUCCUCCUAAUGGGAGAACUAUAUAUUUUUUUAAAUUGCUAGAAGGGUGUUUUUUUUUCUGCCAGGGCUCCAAAUGUGAAGUGUUGCUGCCUAAAUGUACAAGAGCUAUGUACAGGGUUUGGAACAUUGCCCAGGGCUGUAGGAUAUUUACCAUCAAAUCAUAUGCCAUCCCUUAUGCGUUAGUAUUAAAAA